AAAAAUUAAUUCCACUAUUAAUUAUUACAUUAUGAAAUUAUGGUCAUGAACAGAAUUUAAAUCCCUUCACAAUUUGUUUUGACUGAUACCACCGAUACAAAGAUUCAGUAGAACUAUUAUAUUGAGUAUAUUGCACAUUGUCUUCAAGCUUCUUUUCUAACUGCAUAUACGAAUCAUGAUAUAUUUGAACAAGCGAUGCACAAUUACACUGCACAUUGACUUGAUCGCUCUGGCACAGUUUGAUUCUGAAGCAAGUUGCAGUUUGCACCGGUAGCUUAUAUUGCGGUUUAGGUAAGAAGAAGUCUGAUACUGAAUUGUCAUCAUUCUUCUUCAACAUAACGAACACAUUUGUCAUAUUUAAGGGAGUACCCAUGGCUUCUUGAAACUCGCUGCACUCCAACAGGGACCUGUACGCAAUCAAAUCAAACAAAUGUAAAUUAUUAUCGCAAUUGUUUAUAAUUGUAUACAGUGAAUAAUUAUUAUGUUCUCUUAUUCCUAUUGACCUUAUGAGUUUUAAAAGCGGUUUCCUCGAAGAAUGUUGAUACUCUUUAUGCUGUCUGCUGUUGAGAAUAUACGAAGGGAGUUCUAUCGCGAUGCAGAGCUUCGAGGAAAAUAUCGUGGAGCCAAACAAUAUAGCAAUUUCCUUGACGUCGCAAUUCUUGAGAAAGAAUUGCGAAGCUAAAUGAUCCGAGACGUUCUUCAGCAUAUUCGACAAGGUUUUGAAAGAGGCCACGUUUUUAUCUGUCGCCUUCACAUUAGUCUGAUACUUGGCUAAGGCUUCGUAGGCGAACGGUAUCUGUUGUUUUUGAUACAAAAUGUAUUUCAUGAGUUCGAUCACCACUUUUGUGUACGAGUCAUCGGUCAGCGGCUCGUCCAGAUUUACGUUAAUUUCCGUUUCGCCUUUCUGGCCUCUGGAAAACAUGUUUCACGAAGAAGGAAUUCAAAACGAAAUAUCUAUAUAUCUUGGAAUGGAAAUCGUCCGCACGAGAAAAGAAAAAAAGUCAUCGACACAACAGCAUUCGCAUGAUACCCUUUUUUUAAACGGAUUGAAGGUUAGUUUAGGUUCAAAUUUGGAAUACUAGAAAGGUUAGGUUCGAUAAGUCGAAGAUAUAGAACCUGCUUCAUGCGACGUGUUGGUUGCCAUGUCUAGUUAGUUACUAAAUUCAGUUUAUUUACAUCCGCCGUUGAAAUAUAUGAAUUUUGAAGUUUCAUGGAGAACUAUAAACAGAAAUAUGUAUUGUGAGAUAUAAAAUAUCUGAUAAUGGAUCUGAAGACCAAGCGGAUGAGAGAGCUGCUGGAACCUCUGCAACAGCAGAUGAGCAUACUGCAUUCAUUGCUAACCAACGUUUCUGUUAAUUCAUCAGAAAUUUUGCUUACAAAAUCAACAAUCUUUGAGUAUCUGUAUUCCUUAAUUCAGAGAUUUACGAAUUUAGCAAGUAAUGAUAAUUGUGACAAUGAAGAAGCAAAGUGUAAUGAUGCAGGGACAAAUUCAAAAUAUGUUUCUCUGUUGAAGGAUAUUGACAGGCUUAUUGAAGCUCUUAAGAGCAAUGAUAUUAAUAAAAAUACGACAGAAUUAUUACUUAAUAAUUUCACAUUAGCCUUGCGAGCUUUAGAGGAUUUAGAAUGUUUGCCGUUGAAGCAAAGGCUCCAAGAUUGUCUGGAUUAUGUUCGAGAAAUGAGCAUAGCAAAUGAGAUUGAGGAUCUUCAGAAUAUAAAGGAACUUGGUACUUCGAUAUUGGAGCUAUUUGAACCAUUACAAAAAUACAGAAGAAGUUUGGUAUCUACUUUUUUGUCAGAAAAGCUAGCUUUAUAUUCCUCUCAACUGUGCACAACGUUUGAGAUGCUAGUACAAUUGGCUCAGGAGCAGCAUCGAUUAAAUGCACCAAUCUAUGCUUGCAAGAAGUAUAUCUGUGAAAGAUUGUGUACUUGUUGUGAAAUGAUCUUAAACUUAUUGAAUGGAUCAAAUCCGUCACUGGAAGAGGAAGCUUUCGAGAAGGACAAUCAUUUCGUCUAUAAAAUGGAUUUAGCAUUAGACAUUCUAUUAGAAAUGUCAAACAAAACGCAUCAGGAGCAAUUAUCUGAAUGUGGAGAACUAUGGUCGAGGCUGGAAGAUGUUUUUUCUCAUGCUAUGGCAAUUACUCAAGUGUGCCAGCUAUACAAUUUUAAAGCCAUAACCGGAUCAUGUCAGUCUAUAGUAUUGGAAUAUGAGAAAUUGAAGCAGCAAUUAUUAUCGGAAACACCAGAUCCGGCAUUAAAUAACUUAUUUAUGCACACUUUGACCGAUUCUCUUUAUCGUUUAGAACGUAAAGUCAAUAUAGCAGUAUUAACACUCGCGAUGGAAGUAUUCAGCAAUCCUUAUGCGGCUUUGAGAAAGCUCGUUAUGACGUGCGGAAAUUCAUUAAGCGCAAAAACAAGAUCUAUGAAUGAUCUGAAAAAUCUUAUAGAAGAUUUUGAUCAACUUUUUGACCAAACUGUGCAAAUAGGAAUAUUUGCUAUCGCGUGUUGCAAGGACAUGAAUCGUAAUAAUAAAAUUCGUAAUUGCCUCGCCGGAUUCGAAUCCUUAGAGACGGAAUUGAUUUCUGCAAUAACUUCCUUCUACUUACAUCCAGAUAAUAAAGAAAUGCGUUCCAACGUCAAACUGUUGACUUACCAGUGGCAACGAGAGAUGACCAAGUUUCAAAAUGUUGUAAACCUCAUUAUAAAUUCAGCUGCCUUUUGCGAAAUAGUCAUGGACAGUCUUCAAGAACGUAUAACAGCAAUCUCGGAUUGUUUAGAUAAUAGACAGCCGGUAACGCAAUCUCAGGUGCAAGGUAUUGUUCAACGUGCUUCAGCUUUAUCUAGCCAAGUGACAACGAUUGUAAAUGACAUUGGGACUGAAAAUAUUGAUCGUCAUACAAUAAUGAUGACAAGGGAAUUGAAAGCAGCUAUAUUUGAGGCCAAUAAAGCUGCCAAGACUCUCCUGAUUGAAAAUGCAACAGAGCCUCAGCAAUUGCGGGUGAUAAAACGGUGUGAAUUAAUAUUGAAUGUUGUUCAAAGAUUACAGCCUGCUCUAACUAUGAUCAUGAAUAGUACAUUACAUGAAAAAUCUGUAAGAACUCAAGGAGAUUCCAGCCAUGGUAUUAUUUCAAAAACUAUCAAUUUCCCAUCUACAAUUUAUGGUUUACCACGCGAUGAAAAUUGUAUAGCUUAUAUUAGAACACCCUAUACAGUAAAAGCGCAUAAAUCACAAGUGUCUAUUCAACCAGCAAAUAGCGUCGGAAUGCAAAAACCAUCAGAUUUGUCACAUUUGAUACCUUAUAUAAAAAGCGGUCGUACUUUGCGCAGCGAGCAUUCCAUUAUGUAUAACACGCUGCAUAAAAAUAAAAAUGUAACAGAACCAGUUGUCAAAAGCGACGUAUCUCUUAGGAAUCUGUCUAGUGUUAGACAACAUCUUUUUAGUAGAGAUAGUUUUAAAGUUCAAACUUUAAACAUUGAUAUAUCUGAAGAGAGCAUGGAUUUAACAGCUAUCUUAGAGAAGAUGACUUUGUCGUUUACAUCAAAACAUGCAACGUUUACAUCUUGCAAAUCCUUAAAAGUACAGAAUGUAUCUUCUGAAAGUGCAAAUAAAGAAGAAGUCAUUUCUAAUACCACCGGAGAAAAAUUAUCUGGAAUUAUUAAAGAAGAAGCAAAAAAAGGUCCAAAUAAAUGUACAAUAACGGAGAAGGUGGGUGAUUCUACUAUAUCUGGUGGUGGUGAUGCAUCUGUAAUCAUGGAAACCUGUCAAAAGCUUAACAGUGUUCAACUUUCAAGCAAUAAGAUUGAAAAAUCAACAUCAGAAAAACACGAGAUUUAAAAAGAGGAAAUUAUUUCAUACAUGAAUCUCUAUUAUUAAAUAAACAUUUAGUGUAUAAUUGUUAUCAAUUAUAAAAAACAGUAUUUAAAGGUUGCAGUUAUAUGUAAUUAAAAUAUGAUAAAUAUUGAUACAUGUAUUAAAUAUAAUA